AUGCUCUCAACCCUCGGUCGCAGGAUAAAACAGCCGCCGGGCGCCCCGCAGCGCCGGUCACUGCAGCAGGACGCACCACUGGGGGCGCUGCUGCAGGUUCAGGGCCUGCAGAAUGCGCUCGCGUCUGUCAGCGAGGCGCCCGGCCUGGGGCUAGCAGAGGCCGCAGAGCUGCUGCUCGCUGAGCUGAACGUGCAGCUUGUCGCAAUAUACGCGUUCUGCCCGCCCUCAAACCGCGAGCCCGAGGCCGCCGUGCUGCUGGCGGCCUGCGGGGCGGGCGCCGACGCGCUGGAGCGGCGGCCUGUAGUGACAGACCCCUGGUGGAGCUGCCUGCAGCUCAAGGCGCGGCGCGAGGACAGCCUUUACGGCUGCACCCAAUCUAGUGCAGCGCUUCCGCCCGACUGGCAGACGCUUGCAAAGCAGGCGGGCAUGAGGGCCUUCCGCGCGGUGCCGAUCGGCCCCGCCGCGGAGCCGUGCGGCGUGCUGAUGCUGGCCUCAGAGGAGCGCGACUCCCUCCAGGGAUCCUGGUGGCGUGUGUGGCCGGGGGUGGCGGCGGUGGCGCUGGUGCACCACGUGCGCCACUGGCAGUCGGCGGCUACGUGCCGGCUGCUGCGCCGCGCCUCGCUGGCGGGCGACAGGACCACCUUUAUCAGCCUGCUGCUGCAGGGUGUGCGCACCUUCAUGGACAGGGCCGUCAACUCGCACACCGGCGUGCGGCUGGCUGUGCUGGACGGGCAGCGGUCCAAGGCGCUGGUCUUCGAGCUGUCCGAGGCAAUAGCCUGCGGCCCCUCCAACCUAGGACCGCACGACGACAGCCUUGGCCUGAGUGGCAGCGGCCGCGGCGCAGAGGCGAGCCUGGUCGCAUCUGAGAUGGCCCUUGACAAUACCCUGCUCGCCAGCGCCAUGGCCAUGGGCAAGGCGCGCUUCGUGCGCGACUGCACGGGCUACAUGCAGAGCAGCGCCAGCCCCGCGCGCGACAUCUUCACGCAGCCGGCGCAGCUGGUGUCGUCGCUGGUGGUGGUGCCGUUCGUGCACGACGGCGCGCAGCCGCUGGCGGCGCUGUACCUCACACUGGAGACGCCCAACGACUUCUCAUCCGUGCAGGGACCCCUGCUGGGCCUGACAAACAGCAUCCUGCCGCUGCUGCACACCCAGCUGGACGGGCACAUCGACGACAUCUGGCGCGACGCACACGCGGUCCGCUCCCGCUCUACGCGCCUCCGCAACGCCUCCCGCCGCGCGCUCGCCCGCGACGGCGAGGCCGGGGCCGUCGUGGGCGCCAGCGUGGGCGCGGGUGCCGUGUCCUUGCGCAAGGGGCUUCUUCAGGCGGCCAGCGGGGGCGCGGCUGCAAGCGAGGGCCACUGGUCCGAGAGCGCUGCCGCCGGUAGCUACGAGCCCGCCGGCAGCUCUUGCAGCGGCGACGAAAACGAUGAUCCGGAGUCUGACGCGGGCAGCCCGCCGACGAGCCAACUGGCGACAUACAACAGCAAGCGGCUGUGCACUGAAGCAAUGGUCAAGGCACUGGAGCAGGAGCUCCUCAAGUGCAAGCGCCUAGGCGUCGACCGGACGGCCUCCUCCAACUCCGGCGGCGGCCGCCCCGCCUCCGACAGCGGGGCCAGCUGCGGCCAGCCGGCGGGGCGCGCCGCGCCCGCGCCGCCCUGCGCCGACCUGGUGCUGCACGAGGUCAUUGGGGCGGGCGGUUUCGGGGUGGUGUGGCGGGGCACCUGGAAGAACGUCACGGCGGCGGUCAAGGUGAUGUACCGCCGCAGCACCGAGCACGAGGCCAUGAAGGAUGCGGUGGAGAUGGCGGUGCUGUCGGCGGCGACGCACCCCAACAUUGUGCAGGUCUUCCGCUGCCUCACAGACAUGGUAGAGGUCACGGGCGUGCCCGCGGCCAAGAGCUACGGUGACCUGCCUGCGGCCAACGCUGCGCGUGCCAAGAUGGCACAGUCAGUGACCACUCUGCUGCCGCGCAUCAAAGGGCACAACUUCCGGCCCCUGCAGCCGUUUGAGGAUCCCGAGGAAGUUGAAACCUGCAACAUCAUUGUCAUGGAGUACUGCGACAAGGGGUCGCUCCGCGAGAACCUCCGAAUGGGGGUUUUCCACCGCAGCCUCGGCGGCGGCGGCAGCUGCGGCGGCAAGGCGUCGCUGGCGGUGGACCUGCCCGCGCUGCUGUCUGUGGCGCUGUCUGUGGCCGAGGCGGUGGCGUACCUCCACAGCAUCCGCCUCUGUCACUGCGACGUCAAGCUGGACAACGUCCUGCUCAAGAGCUCCCCUGCCCAGCCCCGUGGCUACCUCAUCAAGCUGGCGGACUUUGGCCUGGUCAAGGUGCUGGGGGCGGCAGAUGCGGUGGUCAACGUCUGCGGCGCCGGCACCGUGUCCCACCUCGCCCCCGAGCUGUUCGUCCCCGGCUCCCGCAUCACCACCGCGGCGGACGUCUUCUCGUUUGGUGUCCUGCUCUUUGAACUCUACAUGGGCGGCGCCCACGCGUACGCGGGGCUCCGGAAGAGCGCGAUCAUCGAGCGCGUCAGCCAGGCUGGCAUGCGGCCGCGCUUCCCGCCGUCGGCGCCCGCUGCGUACGUGCAGCUCGCGCAUGCGUGCUGGGCGGAGGCCCCGGAGCAGAGGCCGCACUUUGACGUCAUCAUAUCGAGCCUGCAGUCGAUGCUCGAGCGCGUGACGCGGCCGCGGGGCGCGGCGGCCGGGCGCGAGGACGACACCGCGAUGGCGAUGGCGCCCCGCCCCCGCGCAUAA